UUGUCUCAUUGGUUCUCCCCUCCGCUUAAGAGUUUUCCCGCGCUACACUCGGUGUAGCUAAGACACCGAACACACUGAACUGUCAGCCCGUAGCAAGCGUCUUGCUUACAAUUUAACGUAAUUUUACAACGAUACCGUAGCUGUUACUAUGUUGUCACUAAAGUCGUCCUCACAUUAUGACUCGGCCUGUUUACCGGAUUUAUUACCGCUGUAUUACCGACGCCUGUUCCCCUUCUCCCAGUAUUAUCGCUGGCUAAACUAUGGAGGAGUGCAGAAGAACUACUUUCAGAACCGUGAGUUCUCCUUCACACUCAAAGAUGACAUCUAUGUCCGCUACCAGUCUUUCAGCACACAGACCGAGCUGGAGAAGGAAAUGCAGAAAAUAAACCCUUACAAAAUUGACAUUGGAGCCAUAUACAGUCACAGGCCCAGUCAGCACAACACAGUGAAGUCAGGGAGCUUCCAGGCCCUGGAGAAGGAGCUCGUAUUCGAUAUUGAUAUGACAGAUUAUGAUGAUGUCAGAAGCUGUUGCAGUGCUGCAGACAUUUGCUGCAAGUGUUGGACCCUGAUGACCAUCGCCAUUCACAUCCUGGAUAGAGCUCUUCGAGAGGACUUUGGGUUCCAGCACCUGCUGUGGGUUUAUUCUGGCAGAAGAGGAGUGCAUUGCUGGGUGUGUGAUGAAGCUGCCAGGAAGCUCUCAGUAGCAGCACGCUCUGCAGUGGCUGAAUACCUCAGCCUGGUUAAGGGAGGUGAUGAGAUGCUGAAGAAAGUUGUGCUCACAGAUCCAAUUCAUCCUUUUAUCAGAGAGUCUUUGGCGGUGGUGGAGCGAUACUUCCCUCGGUACGCACUACAGGAACAGGACAUACUGGGACGCAAGGAAUCCGUCGACAAAGUGCUGGCACUCAUGCCUGAAGAUGUAAGAAAAGAAUUACAGCAGGACUUUCGAAAUGAAAAGAAACCUGAGAACCGUUGGAAACUGGUAAUUGAACAAGCCAAAAGGAAACAGGGCACUGCCAAAAAGGGCCAAUACUUUGAGAAAGAAAUCAUGCUGCAGUAUUGUUACCCACGUCUGGAUGUGAAUGUCAGUAAAGGAGUGAACCAUUUGCUGAAAAGCCCCUUCAGCGUCCAUCCCAAAACAGGGCGUAUUUCUGUUCCCAUGGACCUCAAAGAAUUAGAAACGUUUGAUCCUUUUGCUGUGCCUACAAUCAGUCAGAUCUGUGAGGAGCUGGAUCGACCCAGGACCGGCGAAGAGGAAGAGAAGUCAGAGGACACCAAGGAGAAGGAAAACGAGAAGGACGCAGCAGAGAGACGAAAGAUCAGAGAUUACAAAAGAACAAGCCUGGCGAAAUAUGUGAAAUACUUUGACCAGUUUCUGGACAAGAUGGCUCACUCAUGGAAAGGAGAACUUCUCAAAAAGAGUGAUCUUCAGAAAGACUUCUGAACUGGAUCAACAAUCAGGAAGUGAUACAGCAGUGGAAGUGUUAAUAGGUCCAUAUUACUUAAUGUUGGUGAUGAUGUAAACGGUCCUGUUUUGAGGGCUUCAUGUUGUGGUAAAAAAAUUACUUUUUUCUUAUGAACAAUUAAAC